AUGCUCACUGCACUCAUGCUUGCUACACACAUGCUCGCUGCACACAUGCUCGCUGCACACAUGCUCGCUGCACACAUGCUCGCUGCACACAUGCUCACUGCACACACGCUCGCUGCACACAUGCUCGCUGCACACAUGCUCGCUGCACACAUGCUCGCUGCACACACGCUCGCUGCACACAUGCUCGCUGCACACACGCUCGCUGCACACAUGCUCGCUGCACACACGCUCGCUGCACACACGCUCGCCACGCCUCACACGUUGGCCCGGGGUCACUCACUAUGCGCCUCCUCUCUGCCUGCUCCUCUCUCCUGUGCCCCGCAUUCUCUCCUGCGCCCCGCAUGCUGUCCUGUGCCCGUGCCCCGCCUUUCCGCAUGCAAUGCUGCCAGGGCGACCCGGUGCCGUGUGCCAAGUUUCUCCCUGCACUUUCCCAUAUGUUUCCAUCCCCUUUCCACCUCGUCACCCCCGUUCUCUGUCUGUCCCUCCUCUGUGCGUGUGGCGGGGCUGGCAGGAGGCACGGCGUAUGUGUUCUGCGAGGGGGGUAAGAUGGCCGGCAAGGAUGGGCGCCUCAUGGACUGCCGCGUGUGCAAGGGGGCAGGUGAGGGGCGCAUGGGGGCAGGUGAGGGCGCAUGGGGGCAGGUGAGGGCGCAUGGGGGCAGGGCGCUGAUCGUUGGAGCGCGCCGUCAGCAUCGAACAACCCCGUCCGUGUUCGGGGCGGAGCUCACCCCGACCUUGAGCGCGCAAUGGUGCGCUGGAUCUCGAACGCCGGCCCGGCGGGAAUCCCGCUCACGCUGCAGACAAUCCGCGACCACGUCAUCGCACGUGACUUGGGAAAGCCGCCCUCAUUCCGCUGUUCCGUGGGAUGGGUGCGCCGCGCACUGCGCCGCACCCAUCGAUCUCGAUGGCGAGAUCGAUGACGUGGGCAUUCUCAUCGAUCGUCUUGGCCUCGGGCCAAGCGCGAUGCCGGCCGCCGACUUUGUCGCAAUCGACAACGGGCAGCCGACGUGCGCGGAGCCGGGCGAGGACCCUUUGGCCGACGAGCCCGCGUCGGCGUAUUCGGCUGCGUCGUGGGAAGCGCCUACGAGCAUGGAGGCUGUCUACAACGACGACAACCCCGCGUCCCGCGAGGCUCGUCGCUAUGCGCGCGCCGCAUGUGAGAUGCUCAUCGGGUACGCGCGCGCCACCAGCAUCACCCCCCGCGAGCUUUGCGCCCUCUUCGAGAUCCGCAACCCGAUCAUCAUCGAGCGCAUGGAGAGGGCGAGCCCGCCCCUGAACCUCAACGCGACCCCGAUCGCCACCCCCAGGCCGUCCGAGACCCCGGAUGCCGUGCGCGCUCGUCCCCGCGGGCGCGUCCUCCCUGCGUGGAUGACGGCGCCCUCUCCUCGCCAGGCUCUCAUCGAUGCUGGCGCGCCUGCCGCCAUGGACGGCUUCAUGGACGCGGCGGAGUGGGUGCGUCUGUGA